AUGCCUCUUGUGAAAUUCAACUUUCGAGCUUCGUGCCGUCCUGUCAGAACUCCAGUCGUCGCGGCAUCCGCCUACCAAGUCUCACCUGCAGCUGCUCUGACUCGGCCGACCGUCUCUUUUGCGCAACAGCGCCACUUCCGUACCUCGAUCCUGAGGAUGCAUGCACACGGUACUUCGAGUCAUAUGACAUCUUCAGGCGAUGACCUGAAGCUGAGGAACCGCCUCAAUGAAAGCCGAAGUCCCUACGUCCGCGGCCACAUGAACAAUCCUGUCGCAUGGCAAAUAUGGGGACCAGAGGCCAUUGAACUCGCCAAGAAGUCAAACAGGCUGAUAUUCAUCAGCAUAGGCUAUGCAGCUUGCCAUUGGUGUCAUGUCAUGGAACGCGAGUCCUUUGAGAAUGAUGAGGUUGCGAAGCUACUCAACGAGCACUUUAUUCCCAUAAAGAUUGAUCGCGAAGAGCGCCCAGACGUCGAUCGCAUAUACAUGAACUAUGUCCAGGCUACAACAGGCUCUGGAGGCUGGCCUCUGAACGUCUUUAUCACACCCGAUCUCGAACCCAUAUUCGGCGGCACCUACUGGCCUGGACCAGGAUCGACAAUGGCUAUGGGCGAACACAUUGGUUUUGUUGGUAUCCUGAAGAAGAUCCGGGAUGUGUGGAGGGACCAGCGGCAGAGGUGUCUUGAGUCAGCCAAGGAGAUUACAGCACAGUUACGCGACUUUGCUGAAGAGGGAAAUAUAAGCAGAAAGGACGGUGCACCGAAUGAGACUCUGGACCUGGAGCUACUGGAUGAAGCAUAUGAACAUUUCAAGAAGAGAUAUGACCAAGUCCAUGCAGGUUUCGGCAGUGCGCCAAAGUUUCCAACUCCCUCGAAUCUCCACUUUCUCCUCAAACUAUCGCAAUAUCCGAACCCAGUUAAAGAAGUUAUCGGGGCAAAGGACUGCACGCACGCAAAAGAUAUGGCUCUGGCAACACUGUCUGCGAUGAACAAGGGCGGUAUACAUGAUCAGAUUGGAAAUGGAUUUGCGCGCUACUCUGUAACAAAGGAUUGGAGCUUGCCGCAUUUUGAGAAGAUGCUUUAUGAUCACUCGCAGUUGCUGGCCGUGUACCUCGACGCAUACCUGAUGACGAGGAGUCCGGAGCACCUUGGGGCUGUUCACGACAUCGCAACAUAUCUCACGAGCCCGCCCAUGCAUGCCGAGAGCGGUGGUUUCUAUUCAUCCGAGGAUGCCGAUUCAUUAUAUCGUCCAAACGACAAGGAGAAGCGAGAGGGUGCCUUUUACGUGUGGACAUUGAAGGAGUUUCAGGAUAUACUUGGCGAAAGGGAUUCUGAGAUUCUCGCACGGUAUUACAAUGUCAAGGACGAAGGCAACGUUGCUCCGGAACACGACGCACAUGACGAGCUCAUUAGCCAGAACGUAUUAGCCAUUACCUCGACACCCGCAGACCUGGCUAAACAGUUUGGCCUUUCCGAAGACAAGGUUGAGAGGAUUCUCACAGAGGGCCGACAGAAGCUUCUCGAGCAUCGCAACAAGGAGCGACCGCGGCCGGGUCUAGACGACAAGAUUGUGGUAUCCUGGAACGGUCUCGCUAUUGGCGCUCUGGCGCGAACAUCGGCUGCGCUGGCAUCUCAAGACCCAGCACGUUCCAAGGAGUAUCUUGCUGCAGCUGAGAAGGCGGCUGCUUUUCUUCAAAAACACCUCUACAACUCGGAAUCCAAGACGCUGAUACGUGUGUGGCGCGAAGGCCCCGGCGAUGCACCUGGAUUUGCCGAUGACUACGCCUACCUCAUUUCUGGCCUGAUCGAUCUGUACGAAGCUACAUUCAAUGACUCGUAUCUGCAGUGGGCCGACGACCUCCAGAAAACACAGCUGAAGAUGUUUUGGGACAAGCAGCAUUUGGGUUUCUUCUCGACGCCCGAGGACCAGACUGACCUCAUUAUGCGGCUCAAGGACGGCAUGGACAAUGCAGAGCCAGGCACCAACGGCGUCUCGGCCCAGAACCUCGAUCGUCUCGGUGCCCUGCUCGAGGACAGCGAGUACACGCAGCGAGCGCGCGAAACGGCUUCUGCGUUUGAGGCGGAAAUUAUGCAGCAUCCGUUCCUGUUUCCGAGCAUGAUGGACGCCGUGGUUGCGGGCAAACUCGGCAUUAGGCAUGCCGUCAUUACAGGCGACGGUCAGAAGGUGGAUGAAUGGCUGAGGCGGUAUCGUGAGCGGCCGACCGGUCUCGGGACUGUCAGUCGAGUGGGCAAGGGGACGGGUGAGUGGCUCAAGGCGAGGAAUGCCCUGGUACAGAGUAUGGAUGCUGCUAAAGAGGGUGUCAUGCUGUGCGAGAAUGGGGCGUGCAGAGAUGCACUGACAAUGGACAUGUCGAGUUUGGAAGAUGCCAUGCCGGCGAUAUGA